AUGUCUACUUCGGACUCAGUAGACCGCGUCUUCACCCACGCGCUUGCCACAGUCCGCCGCCUCCCCCGAACUGGCUCUUCCCGCCCUCCACCAUCCGCCCGCCUCCGACUCUAUGGCCUUUACAAACAGUCCAUGGAAGGCGAUGUCGCCGCCAUCCUCCCACGCCCCGUGCUCCCUCUCCCGCCAUCCCCACCACCAACGCAACAAGACCACUUUCCUACAAAUCGACCCAGUAUCGACAGUACAUUAUCAGGCGACGACAAUACCAACAACAACGAAUCCUCGCCCUCGCCCGCACCUCUAACGCGCCAAACCUCCAGCACUUCCCAAACCCAGACACAACAACAGCCGUCGCAGGUGCGGCAGAACUCGUCGAACACAGUCCACCGCUUCGCCAGCCGCGACCUGCGCACGCGGGAAGCACAAGCGGAGAUCGAGAAAUGGGAUGCAUGGCACGCGUGUGCCGGGAUGGGAAGGACGGAGGCCAAGAGAAGAUAUAUUGAGGCGCUGAUAGGGACGAUGAAGGAGUAUGCUAGUGGGACGAGUGAAAGCAGGGAGUUGGUGGGAGAGUUGGAAUUUGUGUGGGGGCAGAUCAGGAGCCAGAGUGGUGGAUCAGGUGGCAGUGGCGGGAGCGGGAGUGAAGGCAGGGUUGUCAGAAAAGAAGGGAGCAGUGGGGAGGAUGACGAGGGCGAGAGUCCGAGGAGGAGUGGGUUACUGGGACUGGCUGGCAGCGGGAGCAAUCAGGAGACGCGGACGAGGGCGAGUGGUGGAAGCCAGCCUCGGUCGAAAUCGAAGCAGAAGCGGCGACGGCCUAGAGAGGAGCUUGCUUCCGAUGGUGGGCGGUUACGUGUCCUCAGCCCCAUGUCCCCACGCGGAUCCGGUAGCGAAAUCGUCGAGGGCCGUGACGCCGACGACGACAUCGAUUCCAACAACGAUGAAAUCCCGAACGACGACCUUCAACACACAAGACCAACACGUCUCUCCGCUCUAGAAGCCCAACUCCGCCAUCUAAGCACCGAGAUCGCCGCCCUGAGGGAGCAGCUUUCAGCUAACCACCUCCUCGCUUCAUCUUCGUUUUCAUCACGAACGCACCCGAACUACCGGACCCUGCCCUUGAAAUGGAAAGUGUACUACACCGCCAAAAACUACCUCCGCUGGAUAAUAUCGUUUGCGGUGCGACAGGCACUGGUUGGAGCGACAUUUCUGGUAGGAUUGAUACUCUGGCAACGUUGGAAAGGAGGAAACCGGAGAGCAGAGGAAUGGGCCCGCCGGCGAUGGAAAGAUCUCAGAGCGCUCGUGGAGAGAUCUGGACUGGAGGAUUGGGUGCCGUGGUUGAUGACGGUCCUGAAGAGAAGGGGAAGGGCAAUUGGGUUAUAG